AUGCACUCUAUGCCACUUCACGCUGUCGGCGUUCAUUUAGAUUCCAGUUGGACGGAGCAAAUCAUUUUAAUGCUUGCUGACGAGUUUAACAUUCGCAUAGCAUGGGAUCGCAACUCUGCUAUAUUAACCGGAGCAUUUGCUAUAGCUGGCGGUAUGCUCGGAGGAUAUACAGGAGGUAGGGUUGGUGCCGCUAUUGGAGCAGGUGUGGGUGGAGCAACAGGAUUUGUGGUCUCCACUGUAGUGUCCCUGAGAGAGGUGUGGGAUUCUGUAAAAGAAAACCUGAAGGAGCUCUUUUUCAUCAUUAUAAACUUCCUACGGAGACUCAACGCGGAAGAUUAUGCCAGAGCCUUUGACAUGCUUAUGGUUUGCACAGCCAGUCGUAGGGAACUUGUGUAUAUGAUAUUAGACUUUAUAACAGAUAAACUGGGACGAGAAGUCUUUUCAAGUAUAUCGGCAGCUGGUAUUUCUGCA